CUGCUCGGCGCUGCCUUGGCGAACUGAGCGGGCAAAGGCAGCUCCCCCACUCUACCCAAGAGCCGAAGCCCCACACACACGCAAGCUCCUGGAGGAGAAGGACCUUUGCGGGAGUCGGCGGCGGCGACGGCGGCAGCAGCAGCAGCAACAACAACAUCCGGCAAUCGCAAGCGAAGAAAGAAAAAAAGAAAGCAUUGAGGAGACUCCCCUCCCCCUUCUGUGGUUCCUUCCCUUCCUGCUCCCUUCCUUGUGCAUCUUCUCCAGCGCUCAUCUAGUUGGCGAUACUGCUGCUGUUUUGCAUCGCAGGUUCCAGCAGGGGCUGAGAGAAAGAGAGAGAGAGGAAUAUACAAAGCAACAGGCGCGUGCACGCUCUCCCCCUCCCCUCCACACAAACACACACACAAGCAGGCAGACCCAACAGAGCCUCUACUACCACCACCACCACAUCAUCCUCCAAAGCAGCCACCCUAAAAAACCCCGCAAGCGGAGAGAGCCAGCGGAGAAAAGAGGGAGCCAGAGAGCCAGAGAAGCGGUGCCUUUCCCUUGCCCCCUCCUCUCCUAUAGCAUGGUGGAUGUAUGGACAGUCUCACAGAGCAGAGGUUGACAGCUCCAAGCCUCCAAGCUCCACAUCUGGAGCACUACAGUGUUCUGCACUGCACCAUGACCUUGGAUGUUCAGACGGUGGUGGUGUUCGCUGUUAUCGUGGUGCUCCUGCUGGUCAAUGUCGUCCUCAUGUUCUUCUUGGGCACCCGUUGAAUG